UUGUUUCCUUAUUACCAAGUAUUCCUCCUAUUUCUCUCUCUGGACAGGGAUUUUAAAAGCUGUUUAUCAAUGCCUAUGAAGCUAUCUUUCCCCCUCUCCCCUCUUUUUUCUGUUUCAGAUGUUGGCAGCAUUCAGCAGUCAGAGGACAAGCUGUUGGAGUACUUGGGAGUGGUGAUCUAUGAAGCCCUGGACUGGGGAAUCGACAGCCAAGUGGAGCGAGAACUGGGCGAUCGUUUGGAGAAAAUGCUAUGCCUCAUGUUGAAAUUGGACGAUGAGGCAAUGAAACCAGCAGUCACCCUGCAGGAUGUUAUCAAGGCCUGUGAGGAGCACUUGUCCAGGCCUUCUGAGGCUACCAGCCAUUAUGGAAUGACCUGUAGGAGUCUGUUUACUGAAUAUCUGGAACUUCAGAAGCUUGUGACCAUUAUCCAGACCUCCAAAGAGAGUCUGAGAAAAAUGGAUGUGGAAGAUUUGGUGGAAAAUCCCUUUCAGAAGAAGGAAAAACACUGGGCAUCCCUGUGGCCCAACAUCAUCCAUGAACUGCAGAAUGGUGUGAGGCUGCGCAAGGCCACUGAGCGACCACAGCAUCAUGCACCUCCAAAGGAAUGUAUCCGCUCUCCCUGUGAAUUACUUUUUGAUGAUAUUCAGCACAAGAGGUACACCCUUCGGAAGGUGAUCAUCGAGCAAGAACACAGGACCCCCAGAGCUGAUGUAGCUGCUCCUGAGCCUCAUCUAAAGCCUGUGCUGGAGAGGAAGCUGAAAGAGCGUGUACUGAGGGAGUCCAGCUGGCAUGAACAGCUCAUGGCAGAAAUAAAACGACCACAGAAGCUUCGAUCAGCAGCAGCAGGGAAAAAUGGGAGUGGGCCCAAAGAAAUGCUUAUGACGCCAGAUGUUGCCCUGAAAUCUCCAAGCAAUAGUUUCUUAACUCUCCAAGAUGCCAGUACUGAGUUUAAAAUUGUCAGCGCUACAGCACAGCAGCUGGGACCAGGAGUUCAGGAAACCACUCCCAAGUUGCCUUCCAGCACCUGUCUUGCCUCAACCAGGUCAUCAGUAUUAUCCUGCAACAGCACAGGUCUCACUGCACAUUGCACAUAUCCUUCCACGAGUGCACUCACACAACGAGACAUUAAACCAAACGGUUUCCUGAAUGCUGGCCAACAGCAGCUGCCUCCUUACAGAGGAAGGUCCAAAUCUUUACAGAGAGACCUUCAAAGCAAUGAACUUGACUGUCCCUCUCCUACCAAGUGGCCAUCACCAACCAUUGCUGAGCUGAUUGGAACCAGAUAUACAAUGAUGGUGCUGGAAGGGCAAGGCUUCUUCCAAGGAGGUAGUGGUGGUGUCUUUCCAAGAGCAAAGAUGUCCAUGCCCUUCAGAAUGUGUGUAUAUCUCCCACUGUACCUCCUAAAGCUUUUGAAACUCUCCAGAGAGGAGGACCCAGCUACCCAAGAGCAGAAGAGCUCAGAGUUGCUGCAUGAAAUAGAGCACUGGGAGUGUUUUGGCAUACCUGUUAUUUUGGAACCCCGUUGCCUAGCACAGCCCCUGUGCUGUUACACAGGGACCAUGGCAAACUGGCUGACUGUAGACGUUUGCACACGAUGUGAACAGUAUCUGUUGAACAUGGCUUCCAGUCAACAGCUGAGCGUCCCUCUCAGGAGAAUUUCCUGGCCUUGAACCAAACUGGAAUGACUCUACCAUACAUCUCUCCUGUCACUUAUUCUGUACCUGAAGUAAAUGAAGCAGCUUUAUGCACCUACUGACGUAAAGGCCUGAAUAAAAGACCUCCCUGCUAGUUUGUCUAAGCAGGAAGCACAGUUAGUAUUUAAUGUAUUGUGAAUCAUUAUAAAACUUUGCGGUUUUUAGAACUGUUUUAAUUCUUUUUAUGUGUCUUUGGGGAAAAUAAAUGUUGAAGCACUA